UUAGCAGGGAGUGGCAUGCCUCUCCCUGCCACGGCCACGUCGCCAGCCUGCCAGUGCCCCCUCCUCCCUGUGCUCCGCCUUCAGAGCUGCCUGGCCUGUACCCACCCGGGCCACCAGAGCCAGAGGUUGCAGGCCCCACCCAGUUCCAGGGUCCCUCCUCCCGGCUGCCCCUCUGCCUUCUUUCCCAGGCUGGAGAAGUCACUGGCCCUGGAGGAAACGCCUGCCACUGGCCUCGGGAUGGGCAGCGGGAGGAAAGUCCUCUGGGCUCUGGCCGUGCUGCUGCUGGGAGCUGGCUCUGCUCAGGACCUCUGGGGGACGUCGCUGCAAAAACCCCGAGCCGAUGAGGGCUUACCCGGAGGCCCCCGGCAGCCCCGUGCAGACCACUGCCCACCACCCCCUCGGACGCUGCCCCCCGGUGCCUGCCAGGCCACACGCUGCCAGGCCGACUCUGAGUGCCCGAGGCACCGGCGCUGCUGCUACAACGGCUGUGCCUACGCCUGCCUGGAGGCUGUGCCCCCACCGCCAGUUCUAGACUGGCUGGUGCAGCCUAAACCCCGAUGGCUUGGUGGCAACGGCUGGCUGCUGGACGGUCCCGAGGAGAUGUUGCAAGCAGAGGCCUGCAGCACCACUGAGGACGGGGCAGAGCCACUGCUCUGUCCCUCGGGCUACGAGUGCCACAUCCUCAGCCCUGGGGAUGCUGCCCAGGGCAUCCCCAACCGUGGGCAGUGCGUCAAGCAGCACCGGCAAGCAGAUGGGGGAUUCCUGCGACACAGAUUUUACAAAGUCUAUCCAGAGGGAGACUCAAAGAACGUGGCAGAGCAUGGCAAGGGACAGCAGAGACACUUUCAGUAAAGCAGCUACAGGCAGCCUGUGCAAGAACAUUCCUUCACUUUCCAUGUGCUAAACCUCGGGAACAGUAAGGACAGAAAUUUGGUCCCAAGUCACACUCAGCUCCACAGAGCAUCACCCCAGAACUCCUGGAGGAUGGAACAUGAGACUCCCAACCCCAACUUGGCCCCGCCUGGCAUGGUACCUGGUUGGGAGACCCUGACUAGCUCUGGGCACACAAGCCUGCCAGUCCUAGGUGACUUUUGCAGAUUUUGACUCUGGAAGGUAUACACCCAUGUUCUCAAAAUAAAUCUGUCUGCGAUAGAAUGGAAGUGCACUCACCCAGCCA